AGCAUGCAUUAUUACAUGCUGUGAAUCUAUAAUGCACCGUUGCACUUCUGAUGGUUUUGUUCAUCAGACGAAUAAAAAAAUACCCCGAACCAGAAUAAGGUACCUACCGUUUAUUAAUUAUGAAUUUUCAAUUUAAGACCAAGGCCAUGUUUACAUACUAAACAAAAGCCAGUAAUAGUGAAAUAAAAACCCGUCAAAUUAAUCAAAAGCUCAUGACAGCAAAAACUUCGAGGGAACAUCUGAGAGCUAAUUAUAAUUAUGUAUUAACAUAUCUAUAAAAGAUGUUACGAACGAUUUUUGUUAUAUGACUGCAUAGACUUGACAAAAAUGAACAUCACACUAAACAUACUCAGAUUACAGUAUUAAUAUUUGAAGCUUCUAAGGAUCAGGAGAUCUGAACUAAAGAGUGCAUCAUGUCUAAGUUUUCUGGUCUCGUUUUGUGCGCGGUGGCUGCAACCUUCAUCAGUGUUGCUAGCGGCGAGUCUCUGAGCGAAUCUCUGAAGCCAGUCAUAGAGAAGUGCUCCAAGGAGCAUGGCGUGACUGACGCUGACAUCCAAGCAGCCAAGGCCAAAGGCAGCUCCGAUGGCAUCAACCCUUGCUUCCUAUUCUGCGUGUUCCAGAAUGCUGGAAUUUUUGAUGCUAAAGGACAAUACGACGCGGCCACCGGUCUGAAAAACCUGAGGCAGAUUGUGAAGGACAACGAUCAAUACAAAAACUUAGAACAUGCCUUCACUGAUUGUUCCAAAAUUAGGGAUAAGCCCGUGAGCGAUGCGGCUGGCUGCGAGAAGGGAGUGCAUCUGGCAGUUUGCUUGUUGGAACACAAGACUAGCAUCCUCAUCUAAGCUGUUCGGACUACAGUUGCCACGCGUUUGUACUAGAUUUGUUUCAAGAUUCUUUUGUUAUAUUUUAAUGCAAUAAAUCUGUUACCUAAGA